CUACUAACAUACAAUUGGAGACAUUGAGAGAGCAAGGAGGAAAUUGUAGCAAGUCCCUAACGUAAUAAGAGAACAGAUUCAAAUUAAGCGACACAGAAUUCAUGCUCACAUACAGGCACUAAUCACAGAGCUCGCACUGUACUUGAAGGACGAUCGCACAUUUGAAUUCGAUAGUAGUCAGAAAUAGGAAUUGUUGAACAGAAACGUGGCUGUUAUAUUAGACUUCGCACUGUGGGCUUUUAUUUACACAUACACGCCUUUCAUCUUGCAACCUACUGGAGAAGGAGAGAGGUAGCGCCCCUCCCAAGAGACUGACAAGCCGAGACAGACUGAGUGACCUACAUCCUGCAACACGCCUGGAGCAGUACAACACUUCUCUGUCUGCUCAGCACAGCGCUCUCACAAAAAGAUAGAAAAACAAAACAGAGAAAAGAAGGUUAGAGAAUUGCUCAGUGAAGCUUGUCACAUUCUCCACUCUAGGAACUCUUUUUGUUAUUCUCUACAAGGCAGCUUUGACCCACUUUUCUGUUAGAAAGCUGAAGAGACUUGCCUAGAGAAAGGCUGAACAUACAUUGGAUAAAUGAGGGGAAUUAACGCAGAGUUCCACUGUUUCUUGAUCUUCUUGGCCAGUUUAGACACUUGAACUAUAAGCUCAUUCAUUCAGUGAGAUAUAGCUGAAUCCCACUGUUCCUUAUCACCCCAUUCCUUGAGUUUCCUUUCCAGUGAUUGUAGCAAUAUUCCAAACUGUCCUCCACUGAGCAACAAUGGAAUGCCUGAAUUCACAACUCCAAUCAGCAAGCUCAGAAAAUAACCUGGACAGCCUAGAGACAUACUCUAACUACGCAGAGUCCCUCCCAUCGCCUCAAGGAACCCCCUCUCGCCAGGGGCGUCUCGUCAAGUCCAGCAUGAGUUGCAGACGCAAGCGUGAGUUCAUCUCUGAUGAAAAGAAGGAUGCAUCCUACUGGGAGAAGCGCCGUAAGAACAACGAGGCGGCCAAACGCUCCAGGGAGAAACGACGACUGAACGACAUGGUGUUGGAAAACCGCGUCAUGGUGCUGAAUGACGAGAACUGCCGCCUGAAGACAGAGCUGCUGCAGCUGAAGCUGCGCUUUGGCCUUAUCAGCACUGCCUCCUACAUGGAGAAGAGCCAGCAGCUCACUAGUGGAGGCAACAAUGGAGGCAACGGGAGAUCCUCCACAUCCAAUUUCUACUCCAGCGGCUACUCCAGCAGCUCCCAGGUGAUGAUGAACUCUGACUCCUCGGAGACUGAGCAGUCAGGCAGCGGGGGGGGGCAUAGUCAACUGGUGACGUACUCCCCCCAUGGGUCCCUUUCAGACAUGUCAGACGGGUCCUCCCGGGACAGCCCAGAGCCUGCGGUCUACGGGAUCAAGCAGGAGGAAAGCAGCCAGGAGAUGGACAUUGGAAGCAGCAUGUUCAACGUCCACCAUAGCCUGUCCUCCACACACCACCAGGAGGAGAUGGAGUCGGUCUACCACAGCCAACAGCACCACUCCUACCACCACCAGGAGAGCAUCACAAGCCAGACCAGUCAGGUCCCUCCACCCACCCAACAGAGGAGUGUCAUCCUCUACCGCUCCAGUAGUGCCUCCUACCCUGGGGAGAGCCAAAGGCAGCAGGACAUAGAUCAACAGACAGCCCAACAGCAGAGUGCUCAGGCCGGCCAUCUGGCCCAGGCUCGAGAGAGCCACACAGAAAGCUCAGAGAGACUGGCAGAGGUGACCAAGCAGAUGGAGAGGAAGACACUAGACUCCCCUCCGUACCACUACUCAGACUGCCACAGCGAGGCAGGAGAGGGGCAGGUGUACAGAGCUCUGCAACAGGAGCAAAAGACACAGACGGGCCUCGCUCCAGACAUCCUCCAAAAACAGGAGGCCGUCACAUCCCACCUGUACCACAACCAGGCUAGUCACUGCUAUCUUAGCACCCAGGACGAGGAGCCCCCCAUACUGACCUAUGAGGGCGGGGCCAGGAGUGAGGGGUACUACCAAGAACAUUCAACCUUAGGCAAAGACACCUCCUCUAGUGACAAUGACCCCCGCAGCUCUGACAAGGAGACCUCCACGGACGACGACUCCCCGUCCUCCUCCCUAUCUGACACCGGGAGUUACCUCCUGCACCUGUCUGUCUCACACCAGCCAGGGUCCCCUCUGCCCUCCCCGCAGGACUCCUCCCAAUGCCAAAGCGGGGAUACCCAGGCAGAGGUUAAGGGCACUGCCCUGCCUCACAAACUGCGUCUCAAACACAAAGCCAUGAGCUCCCAGCAGGACUCUCCCACCACCCCUCCUCCUUCCUCUAUCCUACCCCUGCCCCAGCACCCUUACCUGGCCCUCACGCAACAGCAGAGCGGCAAAGAGAGGGAGAGGGAGAGCCAGCCCCCCACAGGGUUCUAUAAGCAGCCGUCCUCAGCUGAGUCAAGGAAGGAGAGUGGGGAAAAGGAGUCGUCAAGCGGACGCCGUAACAACAGCCGAGACUAAGUGCCUAUAGAACACUUGAGGGCAACACAAAUUUGUUGAGGUUCCUUACAUUGUGAGGUGUCUCUGAUGCUGCCUUAGAUCAAAAUACGCUCUUUCCCUUUCCCCUCCUCAAUCUCAAUCCACUAUUGUCCCUUUACCCCAUCUACACCUCCCUCACCUUCAUGUCCUGGGACUAAAAAGCUGUACUGAAGCCCCAAACAGGGCUGGACUUCUGGGGGAACAGUAUUCUAUGUGUAUAUAUUGUAUAUACACUUUUCAGUUCUUGCAUCUUCUCCAUAAUUACAGAAGGACUUUUGUUUGUAAAUGAGAGGAGGAAUGAAACUCUUUCAUAUAGUUUUUCGUCAAACCACAGUUGGUCAUUUCAAAUGAGAAUAUAAGUUGACCAUUAUUGGAAUUGUAUUGUCAGCUUUCAGUGCCCCUCCUAUGGUGCACAUCUGGCUUUAGACAAACAUAGCAGCAACAUUCUGGGAACAUUCCCUUGACCAAAGAUGCAACACAAUGAGAAGUUCCAUCUCUCUUCUCUAACCCUACCUCUACCAAUCCAUAUUUCCCUUCCCAUCUCCAUGAUCUCACACCAUUAUCUAUCUUGUUCAAGCACUCGGUUUGUAUAUUACUGUAAAUUUACCAAUAAUUUAUAAAUAUAUAUUUUUGAAGAAAACAAACAAAUGUCACAACAAUGCGACAAACUGUUGAGGCAAGAAAGGACUUGGCCGUUAUCAUCCUCUUUUUGUCAGAAUUACUGUACAGUCACAUUGUGUCUACUGUUGCAAACUCCACUUAAGUUAAAACGUCUUUAAUGUCAUCUCUUUAGCUCUGUUUCCAGAAACAUGGCCGAUAGCUUUUGAAAUGCAGCUUACCUGUUAUUGCAGUGGAUCUUUAAGAUCUUAGACAGCAUUCAAUCAAAGUCAAUCUGAGACAGAACUAGGCUGCUGGCCUAAAGUUGAGCAUCAUCAACAGUCUAGACUUCCACUGUUCCCAUCUCUUAGCCCAAUGUAUUUAUUCCUAUGCCCACAUCUGCAGAAAAGCCAAUAGGAACAUAGACUAAAAUGUGAAUGUGUAUAAACCUUAAUGUGUAAAAGCUCAAGUAAAAACCGUAAAGUGGGGAAAUAUAGGGGAGGGAGUUAGUUUAAAUAUAGUAAUAUAAUCUAAAUGAUAUCUGUAUGAUAUUUGAACUCUGAGUGAGGCCACCUAGUCUUCUCUGCAAAUCAACACACUACACAAUGCACUGAGCUCAGAACCUCAGGCUUCUGACCUGACGUCGAUCCACUGCCCUAGAGACAUGGCGUUAAACCCAGAUACUAGGUAAUUGGAUCUCUGAAACAGAAGCUAAUUUACUACAUUACACAAAUAGCUCUUGACAUUAGAAAAACCUGGUUUAGAAUAAUCAGAGCUAUUGCAAUUACGUUUUGUAAAAACUAAGGACAAUCUCUACUUUGUUAAUGAAAUAGGGAUUUCCCCUUUUUCUAAUGUGCCUCUGUAGUGUAAAACAUGGGGCAUCCACCCCCGGCCUUUAUUGUCCUCGUUUUGGGUGACAAUGAGAAGCCUGCACUGAACCACAGUUUUAUAAAGUAUACAGUGCCUUGCGAAAGUAUUCGGCCCCCUUGAACUUUGCGACCUUUUGCCACAUUUCAGGCUUCAAACAUAAAGAUAUAAAACUGUAUUUUUUUGUGAAGAAUCAACAACAAGUGGGACACAAUCAUGAAGUGGAACGACAUUUAUUGGAUAUUUCAAACUUUUUUAACAAAUCAAAAACUGAAAAAUUGGGCAUGCAAAAUUAUUCAGCCCCUUUACUUUCAGUGCAGCAAACUCUCUCCAGAAGUUCAGUGAGGAUCUCUGAAUGAUCCAAUGUUGACUUAAAUGACUAAUGAUGAUAAAUACAAUCCACCUGUGUGUAAUCAAGUCUCCGUAUAAAUGCACCUGCACUGUGAUAGUCUCAGAGGUCCGUUAAAAGCGCAGAGAGCAUCAUGAAGAACAAGGAACACACCAGGCAGGUCCGAGAUACUGUUGUGAAGAAGUUUAAAGCCGGAUUUGGAUACAAAAAGAUUUCCCAAGCUUUAAACAUCCCAAGGAGCACUGUGCAAGCGAUAAUAUUGAAAUGGAAGGAGUAUCAGACCACUGCAAAUCUACCAAGACCUGGCCGUCCCUCUAAACCUUCAGCUCAUACAAGGAGAAUACUGAUCAGAGAUGCAGCCAAGAGGCCCAUGAUCACUCUGGAUGAACUGCAGAGAUCUACAGCUGAGGUGGGAGACUCUGUCCAUAGGACAACAAUCAGUCAUAUAUUGCACAUCUGGCCUUUAUGGAAGAGUGGCAAGAAGAAAGCCAUUUCUUAAAGAUAUCCAUAAAAAGUGUUGUUUAAAGUUUGCCACAAGCCACCUGGGAGACACACCAAACAUGUGGAAGAAUGUGCUCUGGUCAGAUGAAACCAAAAUGGAACUUUUUGGCAACAAUGCAAAACGUUAUGUUUGGCGUAAAAGCAACACAGCCCAUCACCCUGAACACACCAUCCCCACUGUCAAACAUGGUGGUGGCAGCAUCAUGGUUUGGGCCUGCUUUUCUUCAGCAGGGACAGGGAAGAUGGUUAAAAUUGAUGGGAAUAUGGAUGGAGCCAAAUACAGGACCAUUCUGGAAGAAAACCUGAUGGAGUCUGCAAAAGACCUGAGACUGGGACGGAGAUUUGUCUUCCAACAAGACAAUGAUCCAAAACAUAAAGCAAAAUCUACAAUGGAAUGGUUCAAAAAUAAACAUAUCCAGGUGUUAGAAUGGCCAAGUCAAAGUCCAGACCUGAAUCCAAUCGAGAAUCUGGAACCUCACUGAGCUCGAGCUGUUUUGCAAGGAGGAAUGGGAAAAAAUGUCAGUCUCUCGAUGUGCAAAACUGAUAGAGACAUACCCCAAGCGACUUACAGCUGUAAUCGCAGCAAAAGGUGGCGCUACAAAGUAUUAACUUAAGGGGGCUGAAUAAUUUUGCACGCCCAAUUUUUCCGUUUUUGAUUUGUUAAAGUUUGAAAUAUCCAAUAAAUGUCGUUCCACUUCAUGAUUGUGUCCCACUUGUUGUUGAUUCUUCACAAAAAAAUACAUAAUAUAUAUAAUAAAUUAUGUUUGAAGCCUGAAAUCUGGCAAAAGGUCGCAAAGUUCAAGGGGGCCGAAUACUUUCGCAAGGCACUGUAUGUACCAUGUUUAGCUUUUUGCCACUUGUGUAUAAAUGUAAAGCUUUCCCUCUCUCAGACAACACUGUAAUGUUAAUGUCAUUGUUUUAUUUGUUCUGUGUUCUGUUACUAUCUUCGUGUGUCUUUCUCAUAUUGACCGAUGAUGUAUUUGCGCCAUACCCCCAUCCUCCCUUUUUUUUCAAUGAGUUUUAAAUCAGUGAUGCUUGUGUUUUUGCUGAUGGUUUCAUGAAAAAGAUUCUAAAAAGACAAAGAUGCAGACGAGACUUGUGUGGUGUUUAGCAGUAGGUGGUGUCUAGGUCGCCACCACCCCUUCUUUUUGACAUGGCUGUGUAUGUAAAGACACUAAUAUUCAUCAUGGAAGAUGGAUGCAUUUCAAGAUUGAAAACAAUAAAAAAGGAUGUUGAAUUUCUCAACAUAUCGUACAAA